AGAGUUGUUGUUAAAAUUCCAUUGUUGUCGAAUUUUCAGAUUCUUCGCGCACACAUCAUACACCGCCGCUUUGUCUACUACAGUAGAAUACUCUUUAUUUCAUCAAGCGCCUUGUUGAUUUUCAACUAAGGACGUACUUACUCACGCAUUGUUCGUCCACCUGACCAGACCUAUGCCCGGUUGAAAUUAAGCGCGAUUUAAAACAACGGCAAAAAGUGCGUGGGUCCUGAAUAACAAACAAUAUAGUCAGGAGAGAUGUGUCAGUUAGUGUCGUGCGAGUAGUGUUGCUGGUAGUGUUUCGGUGUUAUCGAGAUGGCGAUGAUAUCGUUGGUCGGGAGCAAAGUGAUCUUGGCGCUGACCAAUUUUUUGUUGUUGGGAUGCGGAUUCACACUGGUUACUGGUGGCAUGUUGGUCCUAUUUGACUCCGAUCGAAUCUUACUUUCAAAGUUGCUGGUAGCUGGACCUUUGUCUGACUUGCCUCAUCCCAUGUUAUAUUAUGUAGCUAUAGGAUUAGCUCUUUUGGGAUUGUCUCUCGCAACAGCAGGAAUUUUGGGAUGUUGGGCGUCCUGUCUACAUAAUUAUUGGCUGCUGUCUAUCUACUUUUUGUUGGUGAUGGCAGUCCUGAUUGGCGAAUGUGCCAUUUACGCAGUUACUUGGUUGUGGCCCCAAUGUAUGGGUUUGGGUGUAGACGGCGAUGCUAUGGUAAAAAGCCUCCAGAGAAACUACGGUGUCAGUGGACAGGAUCAAUUUACGGCUGCAAUAGAUUUAGCUCAAACGACAUUUAGAUGCUGCGGAGUGAAUUCUGCCAACGAAUACGACACAUCACUUUGGCGCCUCCAGGCUUUAGGAAAACCAUUAGCAAUUCCACUCACUUGUUGCAUCCUGCAAAAUGUUAAUGAAACGGGGGCAUACUUGAACCCCGCGGCUGUUAAUUUGAGUUUGUGCCAAGCUCUGGAAAAGAACCGCCACGAUGGCUACAGACACAUCGAGGGUUGCCAAUCCAGAUUGGAGCAAUGGUACCGAGAGCACUACAUGGCCUUCUUAGGCAUCGGCCUAGCAGUAGUCCUCGUCGAAUUCAUAGUCCUACUCAGUACAAUACUAACCUGCACCAGAGUUUACCACCAUAACCAAGAACUGAAAGAGAACGCUAAGAACAUGGCCCAGGAUCGCGACAAUGCCGGCUCAAGGGACACGAUUUAUCACAAAAGGGGGCCCUCGAUACCCCCUGGGGCGUACAGCAACGAAACUUACGCAAUGACCGACAGUUUUCGACAGAACUACAAGCUGUUGGAUAAAGCAUGAUGGUGGCUGAAAGGCAUUACCAGGCCCAGUUACGUUUACGAAGUGAACGUAGAAUCGAUGUUGUGGUAGAUUAUUACUAUUAACAGAAAUAUAAAAAUAUUAUAAAAAAGACCGAAAUUGGCAAUAUUUUCUAAAUAUUUUACUGCCUUUCUAGCUUUUUUAUAAUACCUCUAUAAUACAAGGUGUGUUUUAAAAAAGUGUAAGUAUUUUAACAAAGGUAAUAUAGCGUAUGAUCGAAACAUCAAUGACAUUCUUCAUAUAAUUUUACAAAUAAAAUAACAGCGAUCUUUUAUUCAUAGCCAUCGCUGACGCCGUUUUUUUUCGAUCAUAUUGUAUUUCUACCUCAGAAAUAAGUCUCAGAAAAUACGUCUAUAUAGGGUGUCAAUAUUUGGAUGGAAAUUGGUUUCUGGGAGUUUUUUUGAAAUGGGAAAUUUGAUUUUGAUAUGUCAAUAUG